AAAAGUGGGAGCUUUAUGCUUUGCACUCAUUUUACUAUUCCAACCGCUGUGACAGAGCCGAAAUCGGAGAGAAGCGAUGGCGGGCAGUGGUGGAAACCCUAGUUCGGGCGAGAAGUCUCAUCAAGCUCCAAAAAUCCUAUUAGCGAAGCCUGGACUUGUUAGCGCCGGCAAAUUCAACCGCGGCGGCCCUGACGACCCUGAUUCUAAUGCUCACCGCCCACGCUUUGGUUCUCUUAAUCUUCUCUCUGAUACCUGGGAUUUCCACAGUGAUCGUUUUCUCCCGUUUCUAACGGAUAAUACGGACUUUACAGUGGUGGGUGUGAUUGGUCCUCCAGGGGUUGGGAAGUCCACUAUAAUGAACGAAAUAUAUGGUUUUGAUGCUACCUCCCCUGGAGUGCUUCCUCCCUUUGCUAUAGAAACAGAAGAAACAAGGGCUCUGUCGAAACAUUGUACAGUUGGCAUUGAACCGCGGGUUUCUGCUGAACGGAUUAUACUGCUUGAUACUCAGCCUGUUUUUAGCCCUUCGGUUUUGGCUGAAAUGAUUAGACCAGAUGGCUCAUCCAUCGUACCCAUUAUAAGCGGCGAAUCUUUAUCAGCUGAGCUAGCUCAUGAACUGAUGAGCAUCCAGCUUGGUGUUCUGCUUGCAUCCAUUUGUCACAUCAUAUUAGUGGUAUCAGAAGGAGUCCAUGAUGCUAGCAUGUGGCGACUCAUGUCAACGGUUGAUUUGCUAAAACAUGGCAUACCUGAUCCAUCAUCUUUAACCCUUUCCCAUCCUCAAAGCUCUGAGAAAGAAAGCAGAGAGAAAAUUCUGGACAGUGGAGAAGAGUACAUGGCUGAUCCAGUUUUUGUGCAUACAAAACUACCCACUGAAGAUCUAACACCAUGUAACGUUGUUCAAUUGAAGAAGGCACUCACACAAAUCUUUUGCUCUUUAUCUAUUCUGAGAUCAAAAAACCACACAACUGCCAAAGAGAGUCAUGUUUCUGCUGUUCCUCUCAACUCACAUAGUGCUGAUCGAGAAUCUGAAUAUUUGAAAUUAUUUCUACUGCCAUCUAGAAAUAAAGAUGAAUCCUUGAAGCCACAGUAUGAAAGCCACAUUUCAGCAUUAUGGAAUUUGCGGGAUCAGGUUUUGUCAAUGAGAGGUCCAUCUUUCUCAAGGACUGUGUCCGAGCGUGAUUGGCUGAAAAAUUCUGCCAAGAUAUGGGAAAUUGUUAAGAAUUCUCCCAUUAUGAUGGACUACUGUAGAACUCUUCAAAGUUCAGGCAUGGUUAGGAGGUAACAGCUAUUAAUCUUCCUAUGUUCAUCUAGGUUGAUGGACGGUCUUUUUGUAUUUUUUUUUUCCCUCGAGACUUUUGCGUACUCUUUUUUUCGAAUCGUCUUUCCUUCUGCUUUAUUUGGUGUAACUUUCUGUGAAACAAAGAGAAGUGAACCUUCUGAGUUGAUUGAAUAACGAUCUACAAGAAGAGCUUUAUAUAGGAGCCUUAGGUUACUUACAAAGUUACAAUAUUGUAAGUGGUUAUUCUCUACUUCUAACAAGUUAAGCAUUCUAUCACUAUAUACUAAUUAUCUUUUGGCA